GGUUACGGGCACAGAUUCGGGUUACAAUAUUGCUCUGUGUGUGUGUGUGUGUGUGUGUGUGUGUGUGUGUGUGUGUGUGUGUGUGUGUGUGUGUGUUGCCCCUCGGUGGGCCGGGCGCGAGGAGAGAGGAGGAAAAGCGUGUUUACACAGACGGCCGAGUGCCUGGGGAACAGAGUGGGAGAGGAAGUGAGCCGGCUCUCUGUCUGCCUGCCCCAACUUCCUGCUCUGAGAGAGAGAGAGAGAGAGAGAGAGAGAGAGAGAAACACUCAGGAUCCCAUUACAGUCGGACUUCGCUGCCGAGACCGACAGCAUGGAAAAACAGGGCAUUUUACGGAAUUCUUUCUAACACAUUCAAAGGACGGAUAAAACCCCAAGCCAUCCUUCUCACACGGCAGAUAUGGAGAGUGCCAUCACGUUGUGGCAGUUCCUGUUGCAGUUGUUGCUGGACCAGAGCCAUAAGCACCUGAUCUGCUGGACGUCAAAUGAUGGCGAGUUCAAGCUGCUCAAGUCUGAGGAGGUGGCCAAAUUGUGGGGUUUGCGGAAGAACAAAACUAAUAUGAAUUACGAUAAACUGAGCCGAGCUCUGCGCUACUACUAUGAUAAGAACAUUAUAAAGAAGGUGAUUGGUCAGAAGUUUGUGUACAAGUUUGUCUCUUUUCCUGACAUAUUGAAAAUGGAUCCCCAGUCUGUGGAGCUUGGCCGAGAAGGGGGCAGCAUUAUGUUACAAGAGGCCGAGUCUGAUGGAGGAGAGGGGGAAGAGUCUCCAAAACUCUCUCUGUCAUCGUUGAGAAGCCCUGCUGGCAGAAAUGAAUAUCUUAACUCUGGCCUGUACUCAUCUUUUACUGUUAGCUCGCUCCAAGGCCCGCCUCCAAUGCUGCAUCCAGUCAAAGUAGAAAAACGGAGAGGGGUGGAACGAGGGGAAGAAGGACCAACCGUGAUCAGGUUUGUCACAAAUCGGUCAGAGAAAGUUGUGCCCCUCCCCUCCUCUCCUGCCCCUACCUCAUCAGAGGUUUUCUUCAGCUCAAAAGCCUCCCCUAAUUCCUCUCGUUCAUCGUCCCCAUCUCAUAGCCCAUCCUUCUCACGGAGGCUAAGCCCAGACGCUCGGCUGGACGAAUCAGAGCAGAACGCUCAGCCUCUCAAUUUAUCAUCUGGCCACAGGGAGCGAGCCCACGUGCAAGCCUCGCCCCUCGAGAGAAGAAGUAGUACCAAUGGACUACCUCCAAAAGCUCGAAAACCCAAAGGUCUAGAAAUCUCAGCUCCUUCCAUACUGCUUUCAGGAAGUGACCUGGGUUCCAUUGCCCUUAACAGCCCUGCAUUGCCCUCAGGGUCCCUCACACCAGCCUUCUUUACUGCACAGACUCCCUCGGGUUUGCUGCUGGCUCCAAGCCCUCUUCUCUCCUCCAUUCAUUUCUGGAGCAGUCUGAGUCCUGUUGCUCCUCUCAGCCCAGCACGGCUACAGGGGCACGGAUCCCUCUUCCAGUUUCCUACUCUGCUGAACGGGCCUCUCCCCGUGCCUCUCCCCAACCUGGACUCUUCCUCACUUCUCCUCUCAUCUAGCACUCCAAAAUCCUGAUUUCAAGCUCUCAUCCAUAAAAACAAACACAUACAAUAAUACUUGCUAAAAAGUCGAGGUUGCACUACAUCUUCCUGUGGUUAUAGUUCCCACAAAAAUAACCACACAACAUUCUAAGGAGAACAAAUUUCAUUUUUUUAAAAAACAUUAAUAGACCGAAACUCGGGCUGUACACCGAUAUGCUCAUGUGGUAGUAUUACUGUGCCAAAGAAAGCAAAAUGGCACCAGUGAGCCGUUGGAAAAUCUCAGUCUUAGAAUGGAUCAUCCGAUCAGAGUCUCAACAUUUUUCUUUAAGGUCAUGUUUUCACGAGACACACAUAAAGCAACGCUGGACCAUAAUAAACACACAAUUUAACACACAUUACACAUAGUCCUAAUCUGUAUAUUGCCCCCACACCCCCAAAUUUGGCAAGGACCAAAGAUACCGUUGAAUUCCAGACAACACGUGCCUAACCAGAAUCAUAAUUUUUUCUUCCAAUUGUAGUCAUCAUAGAUUUCCACCCACAAGCUAAUUCUGCUGGGUGAUAUGGCACAGGCUAACACAUGCCUCCUCCCUCAUAUUAUUUUGACCUGCUGCUAAGGCAAUGGCAAAAGGCAGCUGAAAGCACUUGGAGGUGAACAAUGUUCAUCUUGCAUAUAUACAAUUGAAGAAGUGCUCAUGUCAUUCUAAUUGACAUGGCUGUGGAAUCAAAUAUCGUUUUUAAAUUCACAGUCAAAUGAUGAAAACAUUGACUGCCUCCAGUGUUGGUGCUUUUAUUAGAAUGUUCAUCUCUCAGUUCUAUUUUAAUGUCCAGUGAGUUUAAUCAGUGAAGCUCCUACUGAAAAGCUGAACAUAGCAUACUUAUUACAACCCAUAUUACAGAGAGCUUCUUAAAAGUUUUGUUUGUUGUUUGUUUUUGGUUUGUAAUCUCCUUCUGAGGCUGUGAAUCAGGUUUUCUGUUUAAUUUGUCUGUAAUUGUAUAUUAUUGUAUUGUAUGCACUGUGCUUUAAACUACCGGCUGUGCCUUUUUUCUGUGUAAGAAUGUGUAUAUGUAUUAUUUUCCUGCUUUUAAAAAUUCAAACAAGAUGUUUUGUAAUAGACGAAUUCCAUCAUCCUAUUGGAAAGAAAAGCUUUGUAAUAGCUUUGUUAUUUUUUCAUUACGGAACUGAAAAGAAAAUGUAUUCUCAUAUUAAUUUUAUAUUUUUUUGCUUUCUAAGAGUUGAAGAUUUGUGCCUGUUUUCAAUAAAAGGAAAGCAUUGAAUGCUG